UGGCAAAAGCAGUGGCAGCAGUUCGAAGAGAUAAGGCCAUGGCCGUCGAAGGCCAUUGCUACCUCAUACACGGAGAGCAGCAUCGUCAGCUGCUUUUCACCGCCGCUGCAGUGCCACUGCCACCUUGCGCGCGCGCCCAAUGGCACCCGGCAGCGUCAAAACCUCCUCACCGGACCUCCCAACCCUGCAAAAGCUCGCGGGUCCCAGAAAACCACGCGCCUGUUCCGCUGCGCUUCCGAGAUUCCAACGGCUGCCGUCGAUCAGGCGCGGAGCCGUGGCCGUAGCAUGCGCCCGCGGAGGCGAGCAGCAAUCCUCCCCCGUCGUCGCGGCGGCGCAGGCGCGGCCUGGCACCGACGCGCUUAGCGUCGAGUUCCGGACGCGGGAGGGGUGCCGGCUCGGCAUCGCCAGGUACCCGGACUUUGCGUACGACGCGCAGGGCGGCCGCGGCGCGGGAGCGGGGCGCGGCGCCGGGAGCGCGGAGGGCGGCACGGUGCUCGUCGACUUCGACGUGGCGAGCCUGUACAUCCCGCCCAUGUCCGGCGCGACGACCAGGUUCCUCGGGCUGCCGCUGCCGCCGUUCCUCAAGAUUGACAUCUUGCCAGAGGCCCUGGGCGGAAGCAUCGACCGAGCCAGUGGUCAGGUUGACCUCAAGUUCAGGUCGAGGUUCUGUUUCUCGGUCGGGAGCAUCUACAAAGCGCCGCCUUUGUUUGUCGACACAACGCUGACCUCCGAGGAGUCAAGGGGAGCCAUAAGAUCCGGCACUGGAGAAAGAAUGGACGAUGAAGGGAGAUGCAAGCUGGUUGGGGUGGCCGUCGUCGACCCAAUCGAUGACCUCUUCAUGAACACAUUUCUCGGCCUGCCGACCGAGUGCAUUGCUUAUCUGAAUGCCACCAUCUCCAUAGCCGCAACACCGCAGAUACACGCGUGAGUUUAUUUCUUGUAAAGAUUAGCCAAGACCUCUGGCAAUCACAGGAGAUCGGCGUGCACCUAGAUCGACCAUAGUACUCGAAUUCGAUUGGGAAGGCUGAGAAGGAUCACCAUAUCAACAGGCCAGUGUAUAUAUGUGAUGAAACGUGUGGAAAAUAAAAUAUAUAGUACAAGACAUCAUUAUUUUCGUAUGAAAAAAAAUAAGAGGGCAUUCUUGAUCA